CGCCACGAUCGUCUUCCAAAAUCCUUGAGAGAAAAUGGAUUCCAAUCUCCCGUGGCGGAGAACCAAGACCUCAAAGUCGAGGAAGAACAAAACCCACAUGCCGUAGUGCCUUCCAAAGAAACCACCGUACCUCCAUUUGCUACUGCCUCACUCUCCCUCUCUCUGUCUACUAGUCUCCCCUCUCACUUUUUCGCUCAACCCAAAACUUCUGCGUUAUUCUCGGCGCACCCCAACAAGGUUAAGGUCCCUACGCAGGCUUCCUCGCUCACACACCUUUCUCUUUCCACUACUUCUUCUCCUCCGCCUUCUAAAAUCUCCUUCAAGCCCACCAUCUCCGCUAAUCCCCUCCAGAAUCCUCUCACUUUGGGUCCUCACCGCCCCUUGGACCCUUCCAAUGGGGCCGCAAUUCGUCGAGCUUCUAUUGUAUGGUUCCGCAAUGAUUUACGGGUCCACGAUAAUGAAUGCCUUAACUCCGCCAACAACGAAUCCUUGUCGGUCUUGCCGGUUUAUUGUUUUGAUCCCAGAGACUAUGGCAAAUCGUCAUCUGGGUUCGAUAAGACCGGGCCAUACCGUGCCACAUUCUUAAUCGAAUCGGUCUCGAAUCUUCGCAAGAACCUUCAGGCAAGAGGGUCUGAUCUUGUGGUCAGAGUUGGGAAGCCUGAGACUGUAUUGGUUGAGAUAGCUAAGGCGAUCGGUGCUGACGCUGUGUAUGCACACAGAGAGGUUUCCCACGAUGAGGUGAAGGCUGAGGAGAGAAUUGAAGCGGCUAUGAAGGAAGAAAAUGUGGAGGUUAAAUACUUCUGGGGUAGUACUUUAUUCCAUGUCGAUGACUUACCUUUCAAAUUGGAAGAUAUGCCUACGAAUUAUGGAGGAUUCAGGGAGAAACUACAAAAGUUGGAGAUAAGGAAGACAAUUGAGGCACUGGAUCAGCUGAAAGGACUGCCAUCUCGAGGAGACGUGGAACCUGGGGAUAUUCCCUCCUUAGUGGACCUUGGCCUGAAUCCAUCCUCGGCAAUGGCACAGAAUGGGAAGUCAGCUGCUAAUACUUCUAUGGCAGGAGGGGAGACUGAAGCAUUGCAGAAGCUCAGAAAAUUUGCAGCUGAGUGUGAAGCUCAACCACAGAAGGGGCUUGCAGAUGGCAAACAAGGAAGCAUAUACGGUGCCAACUUCUCCUGCAAAAUUUCUCCAUGGUUGGCGAUGGGAUGCCUCUCCCCACGCACAAUGUUUGAUGAACUAAAGAAGACUGCCAGCAGAACGAUUUCUGCUUCAUCAAGCCAAAACAACGGUGGCGGCAGUAUAUCCAAUAACGGAACAAACUGGUUGAUGUUCGAGUUGUUAUGGAGGGACUUCUUUAGGUUUAUUACCAAGAAAUAUAGCUCAGCAAAGCAGCAGCGUGAAGCUGUGGAUCUCUUGUUGCGUAGAUGUAGCUGUGGGACUUGUGAUGGCGGUUGUAUGAAACAGAGAUUUGGCUGUGCCGCUGCCAACCCUCCUAUUAUAACUGUUGGCGAAUAAGUUGCCUGAGUAUCCAAGCUUGAUAUUGGACUUGGUCAUUCUGUCCAUAGCAUAUCUUAGCUUCAAUUUUCGCCUAUCUUCCUUCACUAGAAGAGUUUUAUCAGUAUGUUCUCUGGAAGACUUCCGUUUUCUUGUUGCAAUGUGAAAUGUAUUCCAUCUGGAACCAAGCUUUUUCACUUCCCCAUUUGUUACAUGCUUCUGGUAAAUGUAGUCGAAGGAUAAAGUCAAGACAAGAAAUAUCGGAAAGAAUUGAGGCGCAAAA